AUGACUGUGACAGGCUCCCUUCUAUUCUACUCCAUCCUGAUGGCAGUCUUGUCUUUUUUGUCUGGAUUACCAGCAUUUUGGAUCCAAAGGAAGUUCGAAAUGGCUCUUCCAUUGAUGGUAAAACUCACCUCUGGUUUGUUGAUUUCGACAUGCAUCAAUCUAGUUAUUCCUGAGGCCAUUGAAAACCUGUCUUCUGAAAAGUUACACUCAGCAUCUUUUGGUCCUCUAAUUUUGUUGGGUUUUAUUGUUCUUUAUCUAACGGAUAUUUUUUCCGAACAAUUCACGGAAUACUUGCAGUCAUCAAUAAAUUUGGAUGAAGGGCCAGCGCAUUCUAUUGCCAGAUCAUAUUUUUUAUCAGUUGUUUCAAACUCCACCACUUUGGCUCUUCUUUUGCAUUGUCUUAGUGAUGGUAUUAUUUUAGCCACCACCCUCUUGUCGGAACCAGUUGAGGAAUCUUCAAGUACAUGGAUGAUAAUUCUCGCAAUAUUUUUGCAUAAACUCCCUGCAUCUUUCUCAUUGACAUCAAUCCUACUCUACGAAAAGUUGGAACUGAAUAUUAUAAUAUUCCACUUAUUUCUGUUUUCUGUAUCUGCUCCUAUUGGAGCUUGGCUGACGUACGGAUUGUCAAAAAUAAUUGAUUUUCCAGAUACUUCAUUUGUACUAUUGUUUAGUACGGGUGCAUUUCUAUACAUUGGUUUCCACACAUUUUUAUCGUGCCAUACAAAUGCUAAAGGCUCAAAUAACAACUGGAAUUUUCUCAUUACUAUUAUUGGUAUGAUAAUCCCAAUGUUAGUUUCACUUCUUCAUGAUUGA